UUGUGUGGAAAGUCUUUUACCCAGGCUGGAAGCUUAAAAGACACCAACUCAUCCACAGUGGAGUUAAACUACAGCUGUGAGAUGUGUGGAAAGUCUUUUACCCGGGCUGGAAUCUUAAAAAGACACCAACUCAUACACAGUGGAUUUAAACCAUACAGCUGUGAGUUGUGUGGAAAGUCUUUUACCGCUGGAAGCUUAAAAACACACCAACUCAUCCACAGUGGAGUUAAAGCAUACAGCUGUGAGUUGUGUGGAAAGUCUUUUACCCGCGCUGGAAGCUUAAAAUCACACCAACUUGUUCACAGUGGAGUUAAGCCAUAUAGUUGUGAUGAAUGUGGAAAGUCUUUUACCCAGGUUGGAAACUUAAAAAAACACCAACUCAUCCACAGUGGAGUUAAAGCAUACAGCUGUGAGUUGUGUGGAAAGUCUUUUAACCGGGCUGGAAGCUUAAAAUCACACCAACUGAUCCACAGUGGAAUUAAAGCGUACAGCUGUGACUUCUGCGGACAGUCUUUUCACCGUCCUGAAAGCUUAAAAAGACACCAACUCAUCCACAGUGGAGUUAAAGCAUACAGCUGUGAGUUGUGUGGAAAGUCUUUUACGCAGAGUGCAUACUUAAAAACACACCAACUCAUCCACAGUGGAGUUAAAGCAUACAGCUGUGAGUUGUGCGGAAAGUCUUUUACGUUUUCUGAAAGCUUAAAAAGACACCAACUCAUACACAGUGGAGUUAAAGCGUACAGCUGUGAGUUUUGUGGAAAGUCUUUUAUGUUUUCUCAAAGCUUAAAAAGACACCAACUCAUACACAGUGGAGUUAAAGCAUACAGCUGUGAGUUGUGUGAAAAGUCUUUCACCCAGGCAGGAAGCUUAAAAAGACACCAACUCAUCCACAGUGCAGUUAAAGCGUACAGCUGCGACAUUUGUGGAAAAACCUUCCGAUGGCCACUCAGCCGUAAUAUUCACCUACGCAUUCACACAAAAAAGGAUUUUUGCUUCUGUGAUCAGUGUGGCAAAAUUUUUGUGACAUACAAAAACUUACAGCGGCACAUGUUUACCCACACUGGGAAGAGACCUUAUAAAUGCGAACUGUGUGAGAAGACUUUUAAAUCUCCACGUUACCUCAAAUCACACCAAAAGAUUCACAGCAGAGAGAAACUCUACAAGUGCAGUUACUGUGAGAAGCAGAGCGACACAGAUGGAUCCACUUCUCAACCCUGUCGUCACUGUGGUGGUGAGAAGACGUUCAAUCAGCAAGCGAGCCUAAAACGACAUCAACGCAGACACACUGGAGACAAAAUGAACUACUGCAAAGAAUGUGGGAGAGGCUUCACCACACCAAGUGAAUUAAGACAACAUGAACUCUGUCACAGUGACGUCAAAACGCAAGUCUGUGACCAGUGUGGGUCAUCCUUCACCACUGCGGAUCAUCUUGAAGUGCAUAAACGAGUCCACGCUGUAAAUAAAGAGUUUCAUUGUUACCAAUGUGCAAAAACAUUCACUUCAUUAUCUGCUCUGUGCAAACAUCAGCAGUAUCAUGCAGAACCGAAAUCAUUUGAUCACAAUGAAUUUGAAGAGACAGAAAGAUCCUCUUCUGGUUUCAGGAUCAGACUUAAAAACCUUGAGAUCAGGCUCCACAGAGUUCAGAUGGAAUCUCCUGUAAAAAGUGUCAGCUGAUGUCACUCUUGGAUCUGAUUUCUCAACUUUCUGGGAUUUAGAAAGUUCGAAAGAUAUUCAUAAGAUCAUUAAGGUUUUGUUUUUUUUUUCUUUAGGGAAUUUUACAAUGAUAUAGUAGUCAACCGGCCACGUUCCAGGCUACGGGUCGGGCGCCAUGGCCGUCGUGGGCGCCCCCCAGACCCCCUUCGCCUGAGUCGCCGCCUCUGCCUUCCGCACAGUCGGCCCCCUGAACUGCCUCCACAUCGCCGCCGUUGCUUUCCACACGGCCGGCCUCCGGACUAGCUCUGUCACCUGUGCUACCCACCUGGUCGGCCCCCCGUCCGUUUAACUUGUGGACUUUUGUGCCGGCGACCUCCAGGUCGGCCCCCUGACUUACUACUGAACUGUUCUUUGUGCGCCAGUGUUUUUUCUUGCGUGUUUUGUUUUUGGUCUUCUACUGCUCUUGUUUUGUUUUGCUUCGAGCCCUCCUUCCAUGGCCCCCUCCGCCCGCCCUGGUCGGGUUUUUCUGUUUUUGGACCGGUUUGGUUUUCUAGUGUUGGGCUGUCUGGGGCCAGCCCUUGACGGGGGGUACUGUCAUGAUCCUGGGUCCUUUUGACCCAGCGUCUUGUGUUUUCUAUUAUUGUGAUUUUGGUUCUGUUCUUCCUCUAUUUAGUGUUUAUUCAGUUCUGCCCAUGUAUUCCUGUGUUAAGUCCACGUUUCUUAGUCAGUCCCUUGCAUGUGUAAGUUCCUGUUUUAUUGUGAAAGUCUGUCUUAUUUGUGUUCUGUUUACGUUUCCCCUGCCUCGUCAGCUGUGAUGUCUUCCAGGUGUGUUCCCCUCCUGUUUCCCAUCCUCUGAUUCCUGCCGUGUGUAUUUAUAGUGUGUGUUACCUCGUCUUCGUUGCUGGUUUGUCUGUGUUGUUUCCCCCCGGUCUCCCUCCGUAUGUAUUUCCCCGGACCUCCCUGCAUCUUCGUUUCUGGUUUGUUUUGUUAGUUUUACCCAGUUUAGGUUUUCCAGUUUCAUGUUCACCCACCAUUGCUGUUUGUACCCACUCCUGAAAAUAAAUACUCACCUGCACCAGAGCUGCCGCCUUUUGGGUCCUUUGUACAACUACACACGUCUGCCACACCGGACGUGACAAUUUUAAUAGAGUGAGUUUUAUUAAACAUGGACAUGUCAAGAAUUGGGCCCUUUAAAAUUGUAGCAGUGCACUUAGAGAAAACCGGUCAGGUGAUUAUGUGUUGUGUUUUGAUGAGCUAAUAAAAAGCUCUUUUUUUUCCCCCUCAUUUUUUGUAAGCAGGCCUGCAAGAUUGAAUUAACAGCGCUGAAAUUUUUUUCGGGACAGCAAAUAUAAGGCGACCUUUUCCAGAUUACAACUGGCUGAGGAGAAGCCACCUGUGGCAACCUGGGAGUUCCUGUCUAAAAGGAUUGCAGCGUGUCAAUCCAGACCAAAAAAUUAUAGACAUUUGUUUUUAUUUUGAGUGAAUGUGUGUGAAUUAGUGACUGUGGGUUAGCAUGAAUAAAAGGGGACAAACAAUUGACUAGGUUGGGGAGAGAAAAUUAUGAUCAUGUUGUGACUUUCUGGGAGUUUGAUUUAGCUAUGAUAAAAUUUAUUCAUAAGUAAUUGCUUGUAUGAUUAAGCUUAAUUGAUUAGAAUGUUUGUUUUCUCUUUGAUCUUUUAGUAAAAUAAGCGGUUAUAAUGAUUUUCUUAUGAUCUAUAGUGAAAGAAUCUGGCUGGGGCCAGUGUUGAGCAGGUUUAAUAUGCAGUACUUGCAAGUGGUUUAUAUGUGCUCUAGCUCCCUUCAUAUUUUGUCAGCAUGGUGACCAAUAAAACCGCGUCAGGUGAGCAUGCUCCGAUAACGUUGGGUAAACAGGUAGAAGGCAUCGCUGUUUGAGGGCAGAGAGAAGUUCUAAACAGCCAAGAUCGCUGAUGGCAAGGACACGCCACAUCCAAGAUCUGAUCUGCCACAUAUACAUCCACUUCUCGCAUCAAUUCAGACUGACACCAGAGGCAGUGGGAGUCCUCCAAAUCGCUGGCUAACGCAGGGGAGCAUCAGCAGUAAGUCACGAAUAUUAAGAAUUGUCUGUUGCCCAUACACCAACAGUGAGUGGCUCUUUAAAACUUAGCAGGGACACCACUAUAAACACAAUACAUAAAUAUUUCAGAAACGAGAGAUGGCGCCAAGACACUUUACCCUACUUGCCUACUGGUGUUGGCCAGAGGGGCC